AUGAUCCUUUCAUACAUUCUCCACGGCCAUAUCCCACUUUACACAUCCAAUCCACCACACCCCGAUCAUCUGCUAGAUGCCAAGUUGAAAGAUGCGCCGGAGCUCUUGAACGCCGAUGUGGAUGGCCUGACGGCCCACUUCGACGCUUCCCGGCUGUCCUACUCAACCCAGGCACUGCCUGUCAAUGUCUUGCUAGACACGCUUGUUCGGCCCAGCGUGGAUGUGGACGAGCCCGGCUGCAUUUCGAACGUUGAAUGGCGUAGUCAGCCUGAAAAGGCCAUUUCGCAUGUCGUCUUUGGGAAGCCUCUCAAGGCUGGGGGCCAAUGGACGGAGGACCCACUAGGUGCUAGUUGGGAUAUCCAGACAUUAAGCUAUGCGGCCAUGCUAUCCUUGCCCGGGUACUCCUUCGCCGAUCACCAUGUCGCAACCACAGGCAAGGAUUUGCCCCCGUACACCAGACCGACGCGGCGGGAGAUCGCAGAUUACUUUGCUACUUAUCCGCAAGCUGCGGGGAUAGCCGAUUCAUUUCGGUGCGGAGAAGAAUUGAAGGGAAUAACACGAACGGCCGAUGGAUUCCACAUUCGCUCGCACAACAUUCACUGCAAGCGGCUUGUCCUGGCAAGCGGGAUUUUCUCCGAAGUCCUCCCACCAGAGCCCUCAUUACACCCAAUUCUACAAACUACACGCUCCCCAGAAACACCAAUUCUCGUUGUUGGCUCUGGCUUCUCCGCUGCGGACGCAAUAAUCUCCGCUGCACCGGACCAGAAGAUCUUGCAUGUUUUUAAAUGGUCCCCUCACGAUCGUCCAUCCCCCCUUCGGGCCUGUCACCAGCAAGCAUACCCAGAGUACGCUGGUGUUUACCGUCUCAUGAAACGCGCCGCCCUUGUCGCCGAAACCAAGAGCAACGAAAGACCAAAAGCCCGCCGCGCCACCUCCACACCAUUCCUUGAAAGCAGGAAUUGGGAUGAUCUCUACCAAGGUCUUCCCAAUGUGGAGAUGAUAGCCGCCGAAAUCAAUGGUGAGCUUGCGCAAGUGACAUUCCGUCGCGCGGAUGGCACUACCUUCAACCAGUCUGUCCGAGGCCUCGUCUAUGCCGCCGGCAGACGAGGCACCCUGGACUACCUCGAUCCCGAGCUCCGCUGUGAAGUGCUGGGGCCAGGAGAUUACACGAGCUCGGAAGUCACCGGCCAAAGCCUUCGUGCCAAGGCCGUGGAAAACCUAGAGGUCGCCUCCAAUGUUUUCAUCAUUGGAAGUUUGACCGGUGACUCGCUGGUUCGAUUUUCAUACGGCGGAUGCGUGGCUACGGCCGGUCAUCUGAUUGAUGGCGAGCGCGAUACCCGCAGCGUCUGCAGUAGUCUCAUUUCGUCGCACAAGAUGCACAGCUCGACAUUGUCUGUCAUGAAUGGCAUGGACGGGCAUCUCGUGUACCCCAAUGACGAUGCGGACCUCACACGCGAAGAUACAUUCAGCAAGAUUUCAACUGUCACUGAUCAGCCUACUGUGCGCAGCUGGUGGAUGACAAUCUCUCGGCUGUGGAGUGGUCUGACACGAUGA